AUGUCAAGCAUUCCACGAGAGAUACGCUAUGAAAUCCUUUUACGAUUACCAGUGAAAUCUCUAUUAGCUUGUAAGUGGGUAUGCAAGAACUGGUAUACCCUAAUCUCAACCUCUGGUUUCGUUAAAUCCCAUAUUACUAUUCAGAAAAAUAACUCUAUUCUCAUGCUUAAAGAUGACAGUAUUCACCUCUACUCCAUAGGUUAUGAUUCAUUGCCACCAUCAUCUGUGUGUGAAAUUAAAGAUAAUGUUAUUAUGAUGGAUCACCCACUCAAAUGUGUUGGUAUCCUAACAAAAUGUUCUUCACGUAGUUGUAUUGGAUUCCUGGGUUCAAGUAAUGAUUUAAUUUGCAUAUGGUUGCUUUGUUUUUGUUAUCAACCAAUUGGAUUUAGGGAAUCGUUCUGUCUUUGGAACCCAGCCACAAGAGAAUAUAAAAAAUUACCUGAAUCACCAAUUGGAUUUAAUAGAGGCAAUGUUUUCAUACAUGGCUUUGGUUAUGAUCACAAGACUGAUGAUUACAAGUUGGCAAUAGGUGUAGAAGCUCCUGGAAGCAAGGAUACUACUCUAGUCCAAGUCCAUACUUUAGCAUCAAAUUUAUGGAAAACUGAGAAAACCAUACCUUAUCGGCUUCUUUUUAUGCAUAUGUCUGGGGUACUUGUUAAUGGAAACCUUCAUUGCUCAGAUGUUAAUGGUGUUAAGAAUUACUCUGAAGUAUGGGAGAUGCUGGAUUAUGGAGUUCGGGAAUCUUGGACUAAGCGUCAUGUCAUCGCCCAUGAGAGUAUUAUCAAUGAACACAACCUGUCGGAUGUCUUGAUAGAUGCAGCAUCAGUCCUAGGUGGUGAAGUGACACUAAAAAUUCUUCUCAUGAAUCUUGUUGAGGCCAGUCACAGCUUUAGAAGUGAUGAAACUUUGGAUUGGCGCACUUCAGACUUCAGUGGCUUCUCUAUACAAGUGCGCUUGACAGUCGGAGCAUAUUCAAAAUGGCUUGAUGCUUCAUCAAAUGGGCUCCUGGUUUUGCCUUCAGUGAUAGAGAUUCUCAUGAGUGGCAUGAGUGCCUCUGAAGAUUCUGCAGCUUUGGCCUUAUGA